UGGCAGUAAGUCUGUUCCUGCUGAUCCUCUCUUGCCUGCUCACUUCUACAGAAAUAUUUGGGUGGCUUUGGUGCUUUUGGACUGCAGAGACGUGGGGUCAUGGAUGCUGCAGCAUGUAAGAUUGUCGGUGCUGGGCCUGAACUGACAUCUUGCCAUUUGUUCCUGAGCUGUGGGUGCCGAGUCACCCCAGGGGGUAUCAGCAAAUUUUCUUCCUAAGUUGUGUGGACAUAGAUAUUAUUUUAACAUCUGCAGAAGGAGGAAUGCUGCUGUAAUUCUCCCUCUCUUCAUCAGCCUGGGCUGAAGAGAUCAUACACUCUUCUGCUGAAGUACAUGGAGCAAUAGCCGCACUGGAACAUUUGAUCAUCUCACAUUUGAUCAUCUCGCUGAGGCAAGGACUAAAAGGGAGAUGACGCUCCAGUGAUGUGCCCUGGUGGCACGGGGGUCAUACCAGCUUUCAAGAACCCGGUGUUUAUGAUUACGUUGACAUGAAGAACUGUUCUGCCCGCUGUCAUGUGUCAACAGCGCUGGAAUAAAAAACUUGAAACAAACCCACUUUUUCGGUGGACUAUAUUUCGGGAAAAGUCUUCUUCACCACUGACGCGGAGCCGAGCGAACUGAAGAAAAUCAAGUCUGGAGAGAGGUUGUUUUUGCUGAUUAAGAAACACGACCCGCUUCCCGUUUCAGGAAAUAAAGGGAAAAUACUGCAUGAAAUUAGAAGUCUUGUCAUUGAGGAACCAAAGGAUUGGCUGGAUGUUAUCGCUACUUGGAAAAACCUUCGUGGUUGUGAGGGGAAAAAAGAUGGUGUCUCUCAGGAAAACCCAUCACCUUGCAAGAGAAAAUCAGAAGAAGAGAUGAAUGUUGUGACUAAAAGACAGAAAACAGAGCGAGUAAGAGAGAUUGUGUCUGAGGAAUGUCAAGCAGGAGCUGGAGAGAAUGGUGUGGUACCAGACAGGAAGAGUGAUGAGGAAGGCCAAACUGAAACCAAGGCUUCUUUAGAAGACUCUUCCAAAAGCAGUGGAGAGAAACCUGUUGAGAAUGAGAAGCAUAGCUUCAGCUUCCGAGUUUCUUGUCGCUGUAGUGGAGCAAUUGCCAAAAUACUUACUUCACAGGAGAUUGGAAGAGCAAUUGGCAUAGCGCUCAUGAAGCAGUUUAGGUGGCGGGCUGAUCUGCGGAACCCCGAUCUAGAGAUCUUUGUACAUCUUAAUGACAUGCACUCGGUUGUGGGCAUUCCUCUUUUCAGGCUUCCAUUGGCAAACAGAGAGUAUAUCAAAACAGCAGGGCUGCGGUCAACAAUUGCGUGGGCCAUGGCAUCUCUGGCUGAAAUCAGUGCAGGUGACUUUGUGCUAGAUCCCAUGUGUGGGCUAGGAACAAUUCUGCUGGAAGCUGCCACAGAGUGGCCCGAAGCCUGUUACUGGGGAACAGAUAUAAGUGAUUCACAAUUAGAGGGCGCAGAUGUGAAUAUUAAGACUGCAGGUUUGAUGGAUAAGAUUGAGUUACUUAAAGCUUCUGUGAAAGCGUUGCCAUUGCCUUCAGAAAGCUUUGAUGCCGUGAUUUCGGAUAUUCCAUUUGGGAAGAAAUUCAAGAUCACAAAAGACGUACGAUUCCUGCCAGAUAUUCUCCAGGAGCUGGAGAGAGUACUUCGUGUUGGAGGGACUAUUGUAUUGCUCUUGAGUCAAGAUCUCCAUAAGCGCAUGGACAGCAUUAGCAAGAGUGGUGAAAACGAAUCUCCUAAUGCCAUUUCUGAUGGAGCAGGUGAAACGACUGCUGUGGAAACCUCGAGUAGUGAUGGGAAUUCUUCCUCCGUGGUGAAAGGUGUCGAAGAACCCUUUCUCAGCAGCAGACAGCCAUGUUUUGGGUCGCUGGUGCCGGAUGGCAUCUAUGAAGUUAGCCUUGGAAAGACAGUUGCUUUCAUAUACAAAUACAGGAAGAUCUCUGCUGCUGGGAAUUAGUAGCUUACGUGCACUGUCUAAGGUGUACGUGAAUCCUGAUAUACUUGAAAGCAGCAUGGCAGUGAACUGGUGGAACCCCGCUGAUCCAAACCCUGUGCCAUUUGUUGGCUCACUUCGCUUCGUAUGGGUGAACUACGCUGUUGCUUUUCUCUUCGGUUUUUAGGAGAGGUGGAAGAUACCAGCUAGAGUUUCAAAUGUUUUUAAUGUAAAAUACUGUAAUGAGGAAGAGUCCUCAAAUCCUUGUUUAGGCAAAGCCUCUCAAUAUCGUGAGGAGUUUAUUCGGGAGAGGAAGACGUCAUUUGCCAUACUGCAAAGAUGUAUAUGGUAGUAGUACAUGUAAAUGGUUUUUCACCUUCAGCAAUGUUUUUCAGAAACACUUGUGAAGUCUCCACCUCUUCUUCAGGACCUGAUGGAGGGCUUUCCUAUGUGUCUUGCAGUCUUGUAUUAUUUUAAAGCUAGUUUGUGAUGAAUGCGAAAUGUCGCUAUUCAGAUAUUUUUGGAGUGGAAAAUAAAUUAUUUUUCGUAUUAA